AUGCAUCCUGCAUCUACACUUGCUCAUGGUGUGCUAGAUGUCAGCAUCGAUGUACCCGUUGCUAUGUGGGACUUCGACCACUGUGACCCCCGGCGAUGUUCAGGCAAACGACUCGCGAGGUUAGGCCUCAUGAAAGAGCUGAAAAUCGGACAGCGAUUCAGGGGUAUUGUGGUGUCACCAAGAGGGACGCAAGUAGCCAGCCCGGCAGACCGCGAGAUCGUCCUUCAAAAUGGUAUCGCAGUCGUGGAGUGCUCCUGGGCAAGAUUGGAUGAUGUUCCAUUUGGCAAGAUUGCGAGCCCACAUGAGCGACUACUGCCAUACCUCGUUGCGGCGAAUCCUGUCAACUAUGGGAAGCCUUGGCGAUUGAACUGUGUUGAAGCAAUAGCGGCUGCCUUCUAUCUGACCGGCUUCAAGGAAUACGCAGAUCACCUUCUGAGCAAGUUUGGCUGGGGCGAGACGUUCUGGAAGAUCAACCAGGUAUAUCUAGAACAGUACUGUCAAUGCACCGACGCCGCCGAUGUCACCGCGACACAAGAACGCAUUAUGCAGGAGCUAGAACAGAGCUAUCAACAGUCACGAGAAGACAGCGCAGCUGGAUACGGAAGUGAUCUUCUCAUCGAGAAUCCAAACCAUUGA